UAUAUAUAUAAAUCACCUGAUAAUUAUUUAUUAAAAAUAUUAUUUUAAAAAAGAUCAGAGAAAGUCAAGCCACCGUCAAACGCAUGCCGCGUUCACACAUGGACGCGCUUCCUUUCUCCUUCCUCCUUCCUCCAAGUUUCUCGUCGUAGACAGAAACCUUUUUAUAAGCGUCUGAAAGAAAACCCUACCCAAAGAUCGUUGUCUUCUCCACUUCCACCAUUCGAUUUCACAUUCGUCCAACCCUUUUCAAACAUUCUUCAAACCCUUUUCAUGGAAAUCUCCGCUUUCCCAUUUCUCAACCCACAGGACAUUGACGAGUGUUCCCACUUACUUGGUCUAUUUCAGGACAUUGACUCGAACCCUCCUGGUUCCGGAUUCGACAGCUUCUGUAACGACAACGUCAACCUCAAGAAGCGUCCCAGGAAAGACGACGACAACGAAGAAGACAGUGCUCUGAAUAAGAACGCCGGGUUCGGCGACAUACUCGCGUCGCUUCUGUUGUUGGACGAGGAAGCGAAGCAGCAGCAGGAACUGUGGAAUUUCGAGUCUCGAGGGGAAAAAACCGAUCUUGAGGCCAAUCACCGGGAAAAAGUGAGAAUAAUGGAUGAAUACUACGAGGAAUUACAGACCCAUUACUCUGCAAUGGCGGAAUCUGACACCUCCCGCUCGAAACGCGCGCGAAAAUCUGCGGUUGCGGUUGCCGCCUCCGCCGCUGCGGGAGAGGAAGCUCCGGGUCCGGCGACGGAUAACCCGGGACCUUCCGGGUCGGGUUCGGGUCAGAGGAGGUUGUGGGGGAAGGAGCGGCCGACGGACUGGUGGGACCGAGUAAGCCGACCAGAUUUCCCGGAGGAAGAGUUCCGGCGAGAGUUCAGGAUGAGUAGAUCGACGUUCAACCUGAUCUGCGAGGAGCUACAAGAGGCGGUGACGAAGAAGAACACGAUGCUCCGAGACGCGAUUCCGGCGCCGAAACGCGUCGGCGUCUGCCUUUGGCGUUUAGCGACUGGCGCGCCGCUCCGCCACGUGUCGGAGCGGUUCGGGCUCGGGAUCUCGACCUGCCACAAGCUCGUGACCGAAGUCUGUAGAGCGAUCAACGACGUCCUGAUGCCGAAGUAUCUCCGGUGGCCGUCCGACGAAGAAAUCAGAUCCACGAAGGAGAAAUGCGAAUCGCAAUUCAAAAUCCCUAACGUCUUGGGAUCGAUCUACACGACCCACAUCCCGAUCAUCGCACCGAAGGUCCAUGUGGCGGCGUAUUUCAACAAGAGGCACACCGAGAGGAACCAAAAGACGUCGUACUCGAUCACGGUCCAGGGGGUGGUGAAUUCCGAGGGGAUCUUCACCGAUGUUUGCAUCGGAAACCCGGGAUCUCUAACCGACGACCAGAUCCUGGAGAAAUCGUCUCUUUUCCGGCAAAGAGCGGCGCGUGGGCUCCUCCGAGACGGAUGGAUCGUCGGGAAUUCUGGGUUCCCGCUGAUGGAUUGGCUGAUGGUGCCGUACACGAGGCAGAACCUGACAUGGACGCAUUACGCGUUCAACGAGAGAAUCGGAGAGAUUCAGGCGGUGGCGAAGGCGGCGAUGGGGAGGAUGAAGGGUCGGUGGGCAUGUCUGCAGAAGAGGACGGAGGUGAAGCUGCAGGAUCUGCCGUACGUGCUCGGCGCGUGCUGUGUGCUUCACAACAUCUGCGAGAUCAGGAAGGAGGAGAUGUCGCCGGAGCUAGUGUUCGAGGUCUUCGAUGACGUCACCGUGCCGGAGAAUAAUCUCCGGUCGGCCACUGCGGUUCAGGCGCGUGACCACAUCGCACACAAUCUCUUGCAUCGUGGGCAUGCCGGAACGAGUUUUCUAUAGCCACGAUAGAGUCUGACUGUUUUUUUUCUAUUUUUGGCUGGGAAUUUGCAAAAUGUUUUUUUGGGUAUUGCAAAAUAAUAAUAAAAAAACGUUUUGUUAAUGGACAUUUAUGGAAUCAUAAUGCCGUAGAGCUUAAAAAGACAA